AUGACGACAACAAAUGAUACCGAAAAGGAGGAUAAAUAUGCUCUUGAAUUAGAGCAAUUGAAUCAAAUGUUUGCCAAUCGCUAUACCAAAGACGAUAAAGAAUACGUUGAAAUGACUCAGCGUCCAUCAAGCCCACCGAUUGUGGAUGAUUGGGGUUCUGAGGGGAAUUUUCGUCGAGCAAAUGAUAAUCACCAGAGAGGUUCCUCAAAUUUCGCCAGAGGACAACGAAAUUAUUCAAGUGAUCGACGACAACAGCAACAACAACAACAACAACGAGGCUCUUCGAACUAUGAUAAUCAUUAUCAUCAUCGAGAUCGAAGUCGAAGUCCUCAAUAUCACCAGUCACGGCGAUAA